GUCGCACGUCUCCGAUUUGCUGAUCUGGAGCACACCUGGAUGCUGCUUUGCAACGCGAUCGAGAUUCCAGGGAGCCUUCAGGAGAUGAGUGGGGAGAAGUGCCCUGUCACGGCACGCUCUGGUACUUGCCCAGUCCAGCCGAAGCGAGCCAAGACCGAGGACUGGCUGGAGAGCAUCGUUCGACAAGUGGCAUCAAUUGUUGGUCGGCCAUGGAACGGGACGCCUGAGUAUGCCGAGCUCGUCCUCAACAACUGGUAUGUUUCGCCAAACGAUAUUACGAGCGAGGAUGAGUUGUUCGUCAUCAAUCGCCAGACCAUCCAGCAGGUUCAUCCCGUUUGUCGGUUUCUGGCGCUGCCCGACGAGGAGUGGCACCGGAAGCUGCACAUCCUCCUGGAGGCCGAGGGCGGCCGUGCAGUGGCUGCAGCCUACAGGUCUCUUCGGGCAGCUCUUCCAGCGAGAGAUAACGAUGGGGUGGGUGCAGCCCUGAACCAGUUGGCAGCCGACAUUGAUUCGCUCACAGAAUUCCAGCGGGACCAGUUCAAUCAGAAGGAUUGCCGAGGGGAAGCACUCAUGAUUUCGCGCCUGCGGAAGUAUUCCUACCCAGACCUUCAGAUGGAAGAGCUUGCCGUCUGGAUCUACACGGAAGGAAGUUCGCCGCUUCUUCCGGCUUUACACGCCAUUCUCGGCCUGCGCAAGCUGGACGGCAUUUCUGGGCCGUUACAGGAGCACUGGCAAAGCCAGGGUCGGCUGUGUAUGGCCGAAUCUCAUAGACAGUUUCUUGACUGCCUCGAAAGCGGGAUGUCAGUGCGCGCCUACUGCCUUCAAGUCUGGAGAUACCUGCCUGUGGAAACGAUCGCGGCGCUUGAAGAUGCGUUCAACAACUGUAUUGAGGCGCUUCUGAGAUACUGCUCUGUGCGGCAGAGGUUCGUCAGCCGAGUGCUGCCACGGGUUGGCCACAUUCAGACACUGAGUGCCAAGCAAGAGAACGUCAUUCGAGCAGGACGAUUGGCUUUGCUGCAGAUGCGGCGAGUUGCGGAUGCACAGCGCAUGCAGUGCCCGUUCCGCAAUUCGGACAUACUGUAUAAUUCCGACACGACGAUGCUGAAUCGAGUCUGCCCUUCCGCCAACCUCCAUACUGGUGCUAGAUAUAGAACAUGCGGAUCAGAGGCUAGAUCCGUAGAAGAUCAGCCGACAUGCCCGCAAGUUUCAAUAUCUGAUGAACAGAGCUGCGUUUCCAAAGACAAACGCGCUGCGAAUCACAAGGAGGGCACACGAAGCUGGGAAAGGGGCACGAUGCGGUGGAACAGGGAAGCCCGACCCGAAGUCAAGCCCGAAGCUUGGUAG